AUGGAGGGGGGAGCGGCCGGGGACCCCCGCGGGCUCCGGGGGCAGCCCCCAGCAGGGACCUUCCUUGUCCCACGCAGGCUCCGCGCCCUGGGAUCGCCGCCCGGAGCCGUUCCCGUGUCGCAGCCGGUGCUGAUCCUGCAGCAGCUCCCCGGGCCCGGGGCCGCCCCCGCGGGACCCCCGCCCGUCCGGGGAGAUUUGAUGGAGUUGAUGCUGAUCCAAAGCUCCCAAAUGCACCAGCUGCUGAUGCACGGCCUGGCUGUGGCAGCUCUGGCUCCCCUCAGUGUGGGGCCAGCCCCAGCCCCUGCCCAGGGGUCAGACAGAUCAGAGCGGCUCCUCACAGGGGUUUUGGUCCCAUCUGCGGCGCUGCCACACAGCAGCGGGAGCAGCCGGCGCCGCUUUGCCUCUGUCCCCCCGCAGGCGCUGACGGGGCCUUUCCAGGGUGAGGAGGAGGAGGAGGCCGUGGUUUUCCACCAUCACUACAUCCCCUGGGCCGCCCCCGGCCCGGGCCCCGUGCGGUUCCUGUGCUCGUCACCUGGGGACAAGGGCAGAGCUCUGCCCCCCCCGCCGCCCCCCAGUGCCACCGGGACAGUGGGGCCCGGCGUGCCCCCUGCAGCGGAGUACUACAGCGCCGAGGAGCGGGGGCUGUGAGCUCUGCCUCCCUCGAUCCCUCGAUCCCAGAUGGAUGCUCCACCGUUCCCAUCAUUUUGGGGUGGUUUCCCCGCUGUGAGCCCCCAGGGCAGGGGUGUCACAGCCCUGUCCCCAGCCCUGGUGUCAUCCCGGUCCCAACUGAGCCACAAGACCGGGCUGCCACAGGCCGUGCUGUGUCCCCGGGGGUGGGCACAGGGGGAUGUCCCCAGCCCAGGUGGUUCCAGCCUUUGUUAGUCCCUCCAGCUUUCAAUGCAGCAUUGCCUGUAAUUAAUUUGCUUUGUUAGGAGAGCGCCCUGCUAUUGCUAAUUAGGCAUCUGUAAUUACA